AGGAAGUUGACUUCUUCUUCAGCAGACUUGGCAUUCUUUCUCUGAGAGGGCAGGAGGUCAUCAUGAACUUCUUUGAUGACUGCGUACUGAAGGUGGAUGCGACGGGCAACAUGCUGCCUGCUCUUCUUGGGGACUCUGAGAUGCUGAAUAUGAUUGCGUUUAAAGGCAAAAACAACUUUACUCGAUGCAGUGAGGAUGGCUGCAUCAUCAUACCAAGAAUUGAAAUUGAGGGCUCAAAGACAUGCCGAGGUACGACUUCCCUCAAGCCCCAAAGACAGUCGCAGCCAUGGGGCGAGGGUGCCCGAAGAGUGAGCGUGUACGAUCCGGUGAUGAUGGCUCGGCGCAGGGCAUCACAAGUUGUGAUGACAGAGAAAAAACGCAAGGAGCAGGAGAAGAAAAAGCAGAGGGAUAGAUUCAGGUUCCUGGCAAAACUUCAGCAGGCGUAUGCUGAACAGCUGAAACAACCAAAACCUCCAGAUCAGGCAAAGCCCUCUGCCAGUGCAAAGCAGACCUCCAGAAUGGCAGCACGUUUGAAGCACACUCAGACUGAGGCAAGACGGCUCCAGGUGCUGAUGGCUUCCAAGCGCAAGGAGGUCGAAGCUGAAGUCCAGUGCCAGUACCAGGAGUGCACGCAGAGGCUGAGCUCAGAGAGAAGCCAGGUACAGUGUGCACUGACUGCCCUCAUGGAAAGGGCAGUUCCCCCCUGCUCCUCUCUUAGGGAGGCGAGCAGCUCAGGGCUUCCGGACACAGCAGCAUUGCUGUGGCCACCUGGCAAGGAAGCAUCUUCUGUCUGCCCACUGCCCUGCAAGUUGCUGUUUGAGAGAAGCUGCAGCAAAGAGCACAGGGCAAAGGCAGCAGCUGGUUGGGCAUGGGCACAUGAACAUUAAAGCAAGCCUGCGUGAGGCACCUGCCUCAGCUGAGGCAUCAGAGUCAGGUCACACACCUCCAGGCAGAAAAGACCAGUGC